GCUCUCUUUAUGUACCUGACAGCACGUGGACCCGGUCGGCGAAGAAUCGGAAGGGUCGCCACCACCCGGAAACGGGUGGGCCACGGCCCACGGGAGCCCUAACAUUUGACAUCCUUAAGUAGCAUAUUCCCUCUCCUCUCGACAACCAACCAGUUUCCAGGUAUAUUCACAGUAUCAUAACAUUAUGAAACCCGUUAGACAUCAAGUUUGCCACAAUUGGCACACAGCUAUGAAUUCCCUUGGGUCUCUGACAAAACCAGCGCGGGUCCUAACCCUUAGUCGGCCACUCCAGUCACUUUGCCAACAUGCCGGAAACAGAACCGGAUACGCCUCCAGAGCCUAUUCUUCAUUAUCUCAUACAGAUUCUCAGAGCCCUUCUUUGAAAUAUAAAUUAGUCCGUGGACGUUUCUUGACGUAUAAUACUAUGCGGUCCAUGCAAUCCGUUCCCACCAAAAGCCCGCAUGCGUUAACAGAAGGCCGAGUUGCAUACAGUACCGAAGCCACUGUAGCCGGAGAACCUACGGUCCACGCUGUCUUCGAGAAAAAGACAGGCACAUGGCAGUACGUCGUUGCUGACCCUUCCACUUUGGCCGCUGCUAUUAUCGACCCUGUCUUGGACUAUGACCCGGCCACCCAGGUUAUUACCACUUCUUCUGCCGACUCACUACUCUCAUUGGUCAAGGACAAGGGUUAUAAAGUCGACAGGAUCCUCGAGACCCAUGCCCAUGCGGACCACCUUACAGCAGCGUCUUACCUUCAGAAGCGCCUCACCGAAAUACAAGGUGGCAAGCCACCUAUCGGCAUUGGCAAGCGCAUCGGGCAGGUGCAGAGAUUGUUCGGUCAGAGAUAUGCCGUGCCUCCUGAUGAGUACAAAGUUGUCUUUGACACACUCUUCAACGACGAUGAGCAGUUCAACAUUGGGGAUUUGACAGUCACAGCUAUGCACCUUCCCGGGCAUACUCCGGACCAUUUAGGCUAUAAGGUUGGAGACAAUGUAUUCUGUGGAGAUUCCCUGUUCCACACUGACAUCGGCACCGCACGCUGUGACUUUCCCGGCGGUAGUGCACACAGCCUUUUUAACUCGGGACGCAAACUGCUGAGUCUGCCAGAUCAUGUUAAAAUUUGGACCGGCCAUGAUUAUCCACCAGAGGACCGGGAAGCUCCGAUACCUUGGUUAAGUGUUCAGGAACAUAAGAAGCAUAAUCGCCACCUUAAGGACGGCAUUACUGAGGAUGAAUUCGUGUCCCUGCGGAACGAGCGCGACACUAAAUUAGGAGAGCCAAGGUUACUCCACCAGUCGCUGCAAGUAAAUAUCCGGGCAGGACAGCUUCCCAAGCCAACUGAGUCUGGUCAUAGAAUGCUUCAUCUGCCGCUGAAGCUCAAGGAUACGAUUUGGUGAUGUAGACCAGUAUACUUGGGAAAGACUUGGCAGCCCUGCUGAAAUAGCAUAGGUGGGAGUGUCAAGCCAAACUGCGGAGCUCAAGGAGAAAAUUGGAAACAAAAGCCUUGUCGUCUGGAUAGGAUCAACCUUAUAGUAAUCUGCUGAUACAAGAGUUCUGCACACGAUGUAUGUAUUUCAUUUGGGUCAGGACCCCCUCAUUUCUUGGAACCCUUGACUGAAGAAAACCGGCCUAUUAGCCUACUCCACAGGUAGAUGUUCAAAUGAGCAGACAGACUGGCUCUUGUUAUGAACGGAAAAGCAUCUACCAAUUGAUCACAUUAUAUAAAUUAUUAUGUAUUUAAGGUAAGAGGGAAACUGGAUGAACAUAUUUGGAUUAAUUACAUAUCGGUUUUUACUACCCGCCUGCCAGAAAGAGGGAGAAAGUUCAUAAAGUAUAACUAAUAUUAUGUUAAGCUAUAGCUUCCUACAAAGAAUUAUUGUGUGCAUAGUACAUCUAACAACCCUUCUUGCAGUCUCUGCAGGAAUUAUAAUUUGUGAAACAAUAUUUUGCAAAGUCCCACAUAUUGUUUUCAAUGCUGUAUGCUGGACGCUAUGGGUCUAUUGGCACUAUUUCACGGCUUCAGAGCGCAUACACCGAAGAAAUUAAU